AUGGAAUCUCCCGACCACGACACAGGCGACCUUGGAGACUUGCCGAAGCAGCCUCGACCACUGCCUUCCGACCUUCCUACUUCACUAGAUGACCGAAGAAGUGUCCACAUUAGGAACGAUGAGAUGGAGAUCUACGAUGCAUGGCAGGGCUCGUCGCAGUUUCUCACUACACCCAUGCCAGCUCGCCCUCUCAGCUUCAACCUCUCGCUCGACGACGCGGCCUUCGCCGACGAGGACAUGCAGCAGCUCGAGGACAGCGACAGUCGCUUAGUGCAGAUGCUUGCCCACCAGGCGCGGUUGAAGAACGACAACGCAGGCGAUGAAGCGAAAGUAGUCGCCGACGACAAACUAUCCCACGAGGAGAAGAAAGAGGCGUUGCAGGGCUUAUUCACACUGGCAGCAUCCAACGGCGAGCUGGAGCGCGUCAAACGGCUGCUGGACGGGAACGCCAAGGAGUACAUCAACAUAAAUGGCGUCGACGCAGAAGGGACGCCGCCACUAGUCUACGCAAGCUGUUUUGGGCAUGAGGAUGUCGCUGCGGCACUGAUCCAGCAGGGCGCUACAGUGGACAUGCAAGAUAAGAAUCGCUGGACACCGUUAAUGUGGGCGAUGACAAAUAGACACAAGGGCAUCGUCAAACUCCUGCUAGAUCAUGGGGCCUCGACAGAUGUCAAAUCAUCAGGCGGUAGGACGGCCUUUGAUUUUGUUGAGCCCAACAGCGAGAUCUCCGACUAUCUGCACGAAAGUGGCUACGCCAUCGGCAACGCAGGCGUAGGAGACGACUGGUACAAUUCAGGCUUGUCACAAGAUCGCUUCGAGCAGGAAAUGCAAGAGAACGACAUGAAGCGCCGAAUGAUGAUGGAGAGUGCCUUCAACUUGGAGGUCGAUAUUGGGAAUCUGGGUCUCGACGAACAGCCAGAGCCACCCGAUGAGCCAGAAGAGGAAGCUCAAGAAUUCGUCUGGGACCGUUGUCUGCAUGAUCAGAUGUUUGUCUUUCAAGAAAGCGAACUGGAACGUAUACUCGACAUAAUCAUCACAAAUAUGACGCCACAGCGCUCUCCGUCGCAAAAACCGGUUCCUGCAAACAUACUAUUUCUCAGCGCUCGCUACGCGCAUUAUCAUGCCAACCCGGAGCUCUUGGAGACCUUACUCGUAUCUGCGAUGAAUAAGAUUAACGAUGUUGUCGAAAGAUAUCAGUGGGACAUGACAGUGUUGGCCUUUUGGAUGUCGAAUGCUACUUUACUCCUGCAUUAUCUCAAGAAAGACCCUGGAACAAUGAGAGCAACCAACGAGUUCCAACUGCAAAUGGCGGAACUCAUCAAUGAAAUUUUCAUCUUGAUUAUCCGAGAUGCAGAACGCAGGAUGGACAAGAAUUUAGACCAGGCUAUGCUCGAUCAUGAACCGAUGCCUGGCUUUGAGGAUGUGCAUUUUCAGCACGAGUGGAAGAUUUUCCGCUCGAAGCCAAAAGCGAAACCCCUGGAGCCGAUUGAGAAACGCUUCCGUCCGCCGUCACCAAAACGCAGAGCACUCCCGUCGCCCCGAAAUAUCACCUCCCUUCUCUCCUCGACACUAUUCGUCCUCGAUCUAUACGAUGUGCACUCUGUCAUCACAGCUCAAGUACUGUCACAGUUAAUAUACUGGCUCUCCACAGAGAUCUUCAACCGCAUCAUGUCGAACCGGAAGUAUUUGGCUCGGACAAAGGCCAUGCAGAUACGCAUGAACAUAUCGACGCUUGAGGAUUGGGCCCGCUCGAACAACCGACAACCGGAGCACUUUGAAAACGGAUCCAUGACCUCAACCGGUGAGAACACCGUAGAGUCUACGAAACGCCAUCUUGAGCCCCUAGUACAACUUCUUCAAUGGCUUCAGUGUUUCUCUUCACUGGGCGAGGAUUUGGAGUCGCUUGUGGGAACAUUGCAGCAGCUGACGCGACUCUCGCCUCAACAACUUCUGCACACGGCCAAAUACUACAGGCCAGAAGUCGGUGAGAAGAGUCUUUCGAAGAGCGCAUCGAAGUACAUCAUGCACCUACAGAAGGCCGCUGCGGACCGGAAAGCUGCGCGCGCAAGGUCACCUAAUCCACCGCAAAAGUCAUUAGACUCUACACCUUCCACACCUGUCAGGCCCACAUCACAAAAGAUGACUUCGCCUUCCCCCGCGCACAUGCGUUUAUCUGACGACGAAGAGAAAGAUGAUCCGCCUGACGAACUCCUGCUAGACCCUUCGUACAUGUUGCCGUUUUCAUUGCCAACCUCGACCGACAUGCUUGUCAGCUAUGGCGCUGGUUUCGGAGGUAUGAACAGAGAACGAGAGCGGAAAUACAUCCCGACCGUCCCUCCUGAAUUCAUGGCCAAAUUAGAUCUCAACGGCGGCAACAAGAACGGCGGCGGAGGGUACUAUCAGGAUACUCAGUGGAAUGAUCCAAGCUACGGGUGA